CCGUAAAGUUUGUUUUUAUUCAAACUUCAGCAGUUUUCUAGUUGUUCUGCUGAGGCAGUGACAUCAAUGUGUGACAUCACGCAAAUUGAUGUCACAAAGAGCGAUGCACACUUUGUGGAGCUAGAGGGCAUCACAGAGCUGCACGCUUGAAUUCUACGGUCAUAACCAUUGAAGAAGAGAGACAGAGAGCACGUAGUAGUAUCCUAACAAGAGAUUGAAAAUGAAAGCUUUUCGAGAUAAAGAGGCAAAUCCUAACACACAAGUAAAGAAAAUCACUGAGAAGUUUUUGGAUUUGUUCAGAGAAAAGGGAUCAACAAUGAGUCGCAGCAGUAAGACAUCGUCUUGUGAUUCUGGAAAGGAAAAAGUACAACAGACAUUAGCUAAAGAGACACCGAAGCUCCAUGGAAUAUUGAAAGAAGCUGGCAUGAUGUCCAUUGUAAAACAGUCUCUGAUUGAACAAAAUGAGGAGCUGAAGAUGCAAGUUCUGAACAUAGAACAAGCUGCAUUUGAAAAAGACAAGCUGCUUCGAGACAAAGACGAGGAAUUAAACAAACUGUUCCACCUAAACAAAACCUUAAAGGAGAACAACACCACCCUGGAGCAGAAUACCACUGCCUUGGAGAACAAAAGCACCUCCCUGAAGCAGAGAAUCAACGCCCUGAAGAAGGAAAAAAAUACCCUGGAGCAGGAAAAAACUGCCCUAGGGCAUAAAAGCACCGCUCUGGAACAUAUAAACCAAGCCCUGGAAAGGGAAAUAAAUACCCUGGAGCUGGAAAACACAAUUUUCAACGAGAUAAACACUGACUUGGAGCAGAAAAGAGCCUCCUUGGAGGAGAAAAGCAACUUCUUGGAACAGAUAAACACCGCCCUGACGCUGAGAAGCACCUCUCUGGAGCAGAAAUGUACUAUCUUGGAGAAUAUAAACACCACCUUGGAGCAGCAAAACGAGGUCCUGGAGCAGAAAAAUACUGACUUGAAGAAUAUGAACACCGACCUGCAGCUUAAACUGGAGCAGCUGAACCAGCAGCCACCUGAACAGAAAACCAGCGAAAACAUCCAAUCAGUUUCAGACCAGCCACAGAAGCCUGUAUUCAGACGUGUCAUCAGUGGCGUCUCCAAUACAUUCCUGAAAAUGUACCAAACAGGUACUCUCAGGUACUGGAUUGACAUUUGGUACUUCUAAAUAAAGAAGUGUGAUGAGGGCUCCAAGCUUCAUGCUUGAGUAUCUGUGGCAGAAAGGCUAGAGGACAACAGAACUGCGGUGUCAGGGGAGCUUGACACUUGGGGACUUAUGGCGGAAAAGCUUAACGCUUGAAAGAUGUUGACAGGAGAGCUUGAGGCCCGCAGGACUGCGGUGCCAUGGGAACUUGAGGCCAUCGAACACAGUUAGGCGUCAGAUGAGGAGCUUGGGGUCAGCAGAGCCUCCCAGCCUGCCUCCAGGGCUUCGUAUCAAGUCCUGUUGGUCUCCUGUCCAACCU